GGUUUUAUGCCUAUAUGGUUAAGAGGAAAUUAUAAUGCGUGUUAUUCAACAACAUCUAAUGUUACUGAUGCAGUUAGCCCAGCAUUUAUUAUACCUGAUUAUAAUUUAUCAUCUCCAAAAUAUUCAACAUGGACUGAAUCUGUAUGGCAUGAAGUGCAUAUUCGUAUGUUUCUUAGGCAAUCGUUUAAACUACAAAUUAUAAUAUUUGUACUUGGAGUUUUAAUAUUUCUUUUUUCUUUCAUCAUAAUAAAAAAAAUGUAUGAUCAAUCUGGAAUUCAUUUUAAUAACCAAGAGGAGUGAACACACCGCGGCCCGUCAGAAAUUGGCGUGUUCUCUUGCUUGACAGAGUGUAAAUGCUAGGAGUCCAUUCAGUAACAAAUUUUUGAAAAGAAUUCCUACAAGUAAUAUUUUUUAUAACAGUUGUCUGUGAUUUAUUUUGUGUAACUGUAUGUUUUGGUUUCUAUCUUACAAUGUGUACUACUUUUUUUUAUAAUUAAUUUGUACAUUUUUAUUAAUAAUAAUUUUUUAAUUUAUGUAAUUUUUUUAAAAUCAUAUUGACAAAAUAUUUGUUUAAAAUUUACUUUUUAAUAAUAAGCUAUUUACUUAAUUAUUGUUAUUAUGAUUGUCAUGUUUCUAUACCAUGGUAUGAAAUAUUUUAUACAUAAACUGCAUAUUGUCAUUGACAAUAACACAAAUAAAGUAUAAGUAUCUUAUUAAUAUUAUUUGAUAAUCUAUAAUUAACUCAAAUUAUUCAAAUUAUUUACUUUAAUAUAAAAAGAAUUUAAAAAAAAAAUAUUGUAAAAGUUAACCAUAAUAUUAUAUUAUAUUUAUUGAUAACUUCAGUAUUAUGAAAUAAAAUCAACUACUUUUCUCAAA